AUGUCCUUCAAUAAUUUCUUGUCCACAAGUGAAAAUCGUCAAGUGUCCCUUAAAUUUGCUCGACAAGGAGCAUCGAAAAAUUCCGAUAUGGUCGGUAUCCUCUUCAUUAUGACUAUUGAUCCUGAUGUAUGUACAAAAUCAGAAAUUCCAUUUGCUGAUGUUAGUCAAGUUGGCUUUUUCGAAGGCAAAGAAGCUGAAAUUCUUUUUACAACACAUACAAUAUUUCGAAUCGAUAAAAUUCAACAAACUCAUGACGAUCAUACUGAUCGUCUAUGGAAAGUUCAUCUUACCCUUGUGGGUAAUGACAACCACGAGCUAAAUACACUUACAGCACACGUACGCGACGAGGUCAACUUGAAAGCACCAAUACGAGGAUGGUCUCAACUAGCUUUCAUACUUCUUAAAGUGGGUGAGCCUGCAAAAGCUAAAAAACUCUACAAAAUACUUCUCCAAAACGCAUCUUCUGAUAAAGAGAGAUCAGAUUACAAUCAUUACCUUGGUUGGGCAUAUGAUGACAUGGGCGAGUACUCGAAAGCACUUUCAUCGUACGACCAAGCACUUGAAAUCCGAAAAAUAGCUCUCCCUCCGAAUCAUCCCGACUUGGCUACUUCCUACAACAACAUCGGUAAUGUGUAUGCUAAAAUAAGCGAGCACUCGAAAGCACUUUCAUCGUAUGAACGAUCACUUGAAAUCCGAAAAAUAGCUCUCCCUCCGAAUCAUCCCGACUUCGCUCAAUCCUACAACAAUAUCGGUUCGGUGUAUGAUAACAUGGGCGAGUACUCGAAAGCACUUUCAUCGUACGAACGAUCACUUGAAAUCCAAAAAAUAGCUCUCCCUCCGAAUCAUCCCAACUUGGCUACUUCCUACAACAACAUCGGUGUGGUGUAUAAAGACAUGGGCGAGUACUCGAAAGCACUUUCAUUUCUUGAAAAAGCGCAUGAAAUCGAUCGAAAAACUCUGCCACCAAACCAUCCGAAUAUUGCACAGUCGAAAAGAAAAAUUGAACUUCUGAAAAAGAAAAUGUAA